AACGGUCUUGCCGAAGAUUUGGCAUCAUUUCCGCUGGAGCAGUCACUGCUGUGUAUGCGACAAAUCAGAAAAUUCAUGGACGAGAAGCUACUUGGAUUAGAAGGAAGCAUACAGAGUUCCGAAGUGGACACAAAUAUUGCUUAA